AUGCAAAUUUCUCGCUGUGGCAUUCAUGGUUUCCACGAAGUGCUCGGAAUCGACACUGAUGAGAUCCGCUUCUUCUGGGCAAUUGAGAGCGACGACCCAGAUGCCACUCAAACAUUCUAUCGCAUUGUAGUGACAACCGAUGCCACAGAUCUCGAAUCAGACAGCUCGGAUAUCUCCAAGCUAGUCUGGGACUCCCAGCGCAUCGAGAGCAAUGAACAAAGAAAUAUCAUCUGCAAGCCCUCCAACGGUUUCCAGUCUACUUCCAGCCACUUCUGGAGAAUCACAGUGUGGGAUGAAACCAACACUGCCCACCAUAGCUCAAUAAACCACUUCUUCACAGCCUAUCCACGAUCUCAUCUUCUGCCGCCGUACAGUAUGAACCAGACAUAUAUGCCUCACACCAGUCUAAUUUUCAAGUCUUGGUUUGAAAAUGAGGCAAAUCGUUGGAAAGCGGUUUGGAUUGGUGAUGGAGGCGACAAGCCCAUUUAUCUCAGGAAGUCAUUUGAGUUGACCCGAAGGCCAGUUCGGGCUAUCUUGUUCGCAUCGGGACUCGGCCAUUUCAAUAUGUCGGUUAAUGGCCAGCCUGCUUCUGACCAUCGCCUUGAUCCAGGCUGGACCAAUUACCACCGCCGUGUCCAGUUUACCUCCUAUGAUGUGUCAGACCAUCUUGAUACAGGGCGGAAUACCCUGGGUGUUCAUCUGGGUAACGGAUUCUACGCUGGAGACAAAGGUGGUGAUGAUCGCUUCUUCUGGCCUAUGUACGAAGAUAACACAUACGUCCGGUACGGGAAUGAGCUUUGCUUCUUUGGUGAAUUGCACCUUUUCUACGAGGGCGGCGAGCGCACUGUUCUCAUCUCCGAUGCAUCUUGGAAAGUGAGCAAGAGCGCCACCACACUGGCUAACAUCUACGCCUCCGAGAACCACGAUCGACGUCUCUACCCUUCAGGCUGGGACUCUGCUGAUUUCGAUGAUACCGAAUGGGCGGCAGCAAAACCCCUGACGGGCCCUAGAGGUCACAUUUAUUACCAGACCCAGCCCCCCGUUGUGUUGCAUGAAACAUUCGAACCAGUGAUGAUCCAUAGCCCAAAGAAGGGGGUUGUUUGUUAUGACCUGGGUCAGAAUGCGUCUACCAUGGUCAAAAUCGCUGUCGAAGGCGUGGCAGGCUCAGAGAUUAUUGUUCGAUACUCUGAGAGUGUCAGAGAAGAUGGCACCGUUUUGAUGCCCGAUCCUCUAUUCAAGGAGUUCGAAACAGGCGUCUUUUCCAGAAUCUUCCUGUCUGGUAAUGGCCAGCCUGAGAUAUGGGAGCCAGACUUCAGUUUCACGAGUGCCAGAUACAUUCAGGUAGAGGGUGUAUCUUUGGAUGCAGGCGACGGAUUGCCGGUCAUUCAUUCUGCCGUUGGUCGCCAUAUCUCCUCGGCGGCUAGAAGGCUCGGAUAUAUGACAACUGACAAAGCCGAUGUCAACUCAUUACUGAGUGCCCUCCAUUGGUCAUUUAGCAGCAACCUUUUCAGUUAUCACACAGAUUGCCCACAGAUCGAGAAGUUUGGUUGGCUUGAAGUCACUCAUCUUCUCGCUCCCGCUACACAAUACAUUCGCGACAUGGAGAGCUUGUAUACCAAGAUCCUUGAUGACAUCCUGGAUAGCCAGGAGCCCAGUGGUCUCGUGCCAACAAUGGCACCGGAAAUACGCUACAUGUGUGGUCCUCUACAUGACACCAUCACCUGGGGCUGUGCACUUUGUCUGCUUCCGGAUAUCCUUCGACAAUACUACGGGUCCACACAUGUCAUCUCCAAGGUGUACCCCGCUGCAGUUCGAUAUAUGGAAUACAUGCGUACCAAAGAGCGCAAGGGUGGACUGAUUGAGCACGGACUCGGCGACUGGGGUCGGGGUAUUGCCUUCGGCAACAACCAAGCAAAUAUCGAGACAGCGGUCUACUACCGCUGCCUCCAAUGCGUUGAGAUGAUGGCAUGCGAGCUAGGCAAGGUCGAAGAAGCCCAGAAGUUCAAGGAGUGGUCUUCUCGCAUCUAUGACAUCUACAAUCACCACCUCCUCGUGACAGAUGACCCGUCGCGCCCCUAUGCCUAUUACACAUCGCUCGACAACUAUCCAGAAAGGGACUGCGACGCAAUCGCCCAAGCAAUGGCCUUGCAGUUUGGUCUCGUGCCCGCCAAGCUCCACAGCGACGUAACGGCCGCUUUCCUCGACGAUGUAGCCGAUGGCAAGAUCCGUGCUGGUGAAAUCGGGCUACGCUUCCUUUUCAACACGCUGGCUGAUGCCAAGCGACCGGAUCUCGUUUUGCAAAUGGUGAGACAGGAGGAGCACCCAUCAUACAUGCGUUUUCUACGCCGUGGAGAGACGACGCUCCUGGAGUUCUGGCAGGAUGAAUGCCGUAGCAAGUGCCACGACAUGCUGGGCACAAUCUACGAAUGGUUCUACGCUGCUGUGCUUGGGUUGAAACCUGUUUCACAGUCAUACCGGACUUUUGAGGUUGAUCCUCCUUACGAGUCUGAAUUCGACCAUGUUGAGGGAUCUGUCGAUUCUCCCUAUGGUUUGAUUUGGAUUGAGUUCACGCGCACUAAAGGUAUUUCGGUGAAAUUGGACCUUCGGGUGCCAUUUGGGACUACUGGUACUGUGAAGCUCCCGCUGGAUAUGAAACACGCUGAGGUUGGAUAUGCAAAAGAGGAAUUGAAAUCCAUCGACGGGAGAGAGUUGGAGCUCAGCCAUGGACUGUACACUAUAUUCAUUCACCUAUAG